UAUAUGCACAAAUCCAACUGCCUCACAGUGUAUAAAAAAUGUAUUUGUGUUUUCUGAUGAAUAAAUCUGGCAUCCGUUUAUGCUGCAGCAUUCAUGGCUGCUUUUGAGAGGUCUGCCAGAUGUAUCAAGGACUGGUAGCAAGCCAAAGAGAGAGCGUUAUUCAGCUGAAAGCCUCUCUCUGCAGUCUCACAGCUGCUGCUGCUGCUCCAGAGCCAGAGUGAAGAGUCCCCUCACCCCCCUGCACAGACAGAGACAAAAGGCCUGAUUCGCCUGCUGAACACUGCCCCCUUUCUCCAUCCAUCCCUUCAUGCACGGCCGUAGUGGUUGUGGUGGUGGUGGUGGCGGGGGAUUCAGGAGAAAACGAGGCCUGGACUGGGACUUAAAUCUAGGACUGACCCAGUGAAGGAGAGUGGGAAGAGGGGGAGGGGAGGAGGAGGAAGAGGAGGAGGAGGAGGAGGAGGAUGGGGGCUGGAAUGGUUGGGGCUGAGUAAAGGCAGGUGCUGAGGCCUCUACAGGAAGACUGUUUUUUCCUGAAUAUCUCUCAGAGUGGAAAAAAAUCUGACAAGGGAAGGAAGGAAAGAAGGUUUGGCUAGUGGCUGGAGAGGGACGGAGGCAAGAGGGUGAGCUCAUAAGAACAGGAGCAGGACCAUGGGAGAUAUGAAGACGCCAGACUUCGAUGACCUGCUGGCAGCCUUCGACAUCCCUGACAUGGUGGAUCCUAAAGCUGCUAUUGAAUCUGGCCACCAUGAUGACCAUGACGGACAGCUCAAGCAAUCCAGUGUUGCGGUAACUACCAAUGAAGAUGAGGCUAACAACCCCUCAACAGGACAUGAUGUUGGUGUUAGCGUCAUUGUCAAGAACAUCCGAAAUACGGACACCAGUGAGCAUGGUGGAAACGUAUCAGAGAAGGAUGGGCAUUUCCACUGCCAUCCCCAACCCCAUUCUGUUGGCACUGGAAAUGGACUUCAUAACGGCCUUGUGCCUGCCAUGCCAAGUACUCAUUACACCAAGAAUGGAUGGAAAGCUUCUAGGGAGGAAGGACAGCCAGUUAACAACCAGUCAUCUACCUUCAAUCAGUUCAGCCCCAUCUCCAGUGCUGAAGAGUUCGAUGAUGAUGAUAAAAUUGAAGUAGAUGACCCUGUGGAGGAACAGGGAGGUCUGCUGUUUUUUAGGUCAACUAACAAGAGAGAAACCCAGAAUCCCAAAUCUCCUGUAUCAGUGGACAGUGUUUCAAAGUCCAGAGCAAUCCAAAAACCUGAUCAAAAAAAUAACGGCAAUGAUACUCUGGGAGGUUCAAAGUCUAACAACACCCCUGAACCAACUUUACCUGAAGAGGAAACUUUUCUCAAGUCUGAAGAUCAGGAGUGCAAAGCUGGAGAACCAUCAGGCCUUGUUUCUCAAGUCAAAUCCAAGUCCUCUGCAAAGCUUUCAUCUUGUAUAGCAGCCAUAGCAGCCCUCAGUGCCAAAAAGGCUAGUGCUACAGACGUGGGUGUUGUUGAUUCUCCCACAACACAGAAAGAAUCCAUCCAAGUUAAUGAAAAUCCCAAAGCUCCAGAGAAGCCACAUGAGCAGGAGUCGGCUUUAGAGUUUGCAAAGAGGCUUCUAACAAGACAACCAGACAGCCCCUCUAGUGUCACCAGUGAGAGUAGCAGCAAAGGUUCCCCUGCCUCAAGCACAGACACCACCCCAGUCAUCCCAAAAGUCAGGAUCAAAACAAUCAAGACCUCAUCCGGCCAGAUCAAGCGUACCGUUACCCGAGUUGUACCAGAGUUUGAUCCUGAGAGUCAGAGAAAAGCAGAGAAUAGCACCUCUAUCAUCGCAACUACUAACGCGAUUUUCUCAUCUCCAACAAGGCACUCUAUGCCGACUACAGUAGUAGCCACCACUAGUGGGCAUUCAAUUGAAAUAACCAAGCAAAUGACUAUUAAACCUGUGGCAACAGCUUUCCUGCCUGUAUCAGCUGUCAAGACAGCUGGUUCCCAAGUCAUCAACCUGAAGCUGGCUAACAACACCACAGUCAAAGCAACAGUUAUCCCUGCUGCAUCAGUGCAAAGUGCCAGCAAUGCCAUUUUGAAAGCUGCUAAUGCUAUCCAGCAACAGACUGUCAUGGUACCUGCCUCCAGUCUGGCUAAUGCCAAACUUGUGCCAAAGACAGUUCAUCUUAGUAACCUUAAUCUUCUGCCACAGACUGUAUCCUCUGCUGUCUGUGAUCUCCAACAGGUCCUGACCUCAACCAAACAACCACAGCAUCAGCAGUCUCAACAAAUCAAACAGAAGACAAUUCUCGCUGGCAGGGCCUCAAAGAAAGUCUCUAAGGUUCAAGUGUUCACCAGCUCUCAAAGCUCUGUAGUGGAUGCCUUCAAUAAAGUCCUGAGUAGCAUAAAUCCUGUCCCUGUGUAUGUUCCAAACCUCUCUCCACCAACCUCAGCUUGUAUCUCUCUACCCUCACGUGGCUACAAGUGCCUGGAAUGUGGAGAUUCAUUUGCUCUUGAGAAAAGCCUGACACAGCACUAUGAACGUCGCAGUGUGCGGAUAGAGGUCACCUGCAACCACUGUACAAAAAGUCUAGUGUUCUACAACAAAUGCAGCCUCUUGUCUCAUGCCAGGGGCCACAAGGACAAAGGGGUCGUCAUGCAGUGCUCACAUCUAAUCCUAAAACCCAUUCCUGCAGAUCAGAUGAUAACCACAUCACCCUCAUCAGGUCCACCCAACACCACUGGCACCACCUCCCAAGCACAAGCACCCACUUGUCAAAUGCCAGGGAGAGUUGCUGGUGGUGGCUCCCAAACUGCAGUGAUUUCUGCACCAUGCAGUGCUCCUCUUGUGGCAGCUAUGCCCUUGGAGGAUGAUGCAUCAAAGCUAUGCAGACAUAGCCUAAAAUGUUUGGAGUGUAACGAAAUGUUCCAGGAUGACAGUUCGUUAGCUAUGCACUAUCAACAGGCACCGGAGUCCAGUGGGCAGAAAACAUGCACCAUCUGCCAAAUGCUUCUCCCAAAUCAGUGCAGCUUUCUGUCGCACCAGCGAAUCCACCAGCACAAGUCUCCUUACAUCUGCCCCGAGUGUGGCGCCAGCUGUCGUUCUGUCCACUUCCAGUCACAUGUCACCAAGAACUGCCUGCAUUACACCCGUAGAGUCGGCUACCGAUGUGUCCACUGUAGUGUGAUCUUCGCUGACAUUGCAACUGUAAAAGCCCACAUUCAAAGUACUCACUGCGAGGUCUUCUAUAAAUGUCCCCUUUGCCCCAUGGCCUUCAAGUCUGCACCAGGAACGCACUCUCAUGCACACACACAGCAUCCAGGAAUGAAGGCAGGAGAGCCCAAGGUGAUCCAUAAGUGCUCCAUGUGUGAUACCGUGUUCACUUUGCAGUCCCUGCUCUACACACACUUUGACCAGCAUGUUGUCAAUCAUAAAGUUUCAGUGUUCAAAUGCCCCGACUGCUCCAUGCACUACGCACAGAAACAGCUCAUGUUGGAUCAUAUUAAGGCCACGCAUGGAACCCUGAAGACCAUUGAGGGUCCACCAAAUUUAGGCAUCAACCUCCCUCUCAGCACCAAGCCCACCAACUCUAACAGUACCAACAGUCCAAGUAAUAAUAACAACAAGGAUGGAGGAAAUGUCAAUGGUCAAGACAAGGGAGAAAAGAAGUCUUCACCUUCACCGCUAAAGAAAACUAACUCAGUGGACCACAAGAACCCUCCUGGCUCAGGAUACACAUGUGGAAACUGCAAUAACAUCUUUAGUUCAAGAGAGGUCUUUGUGGCUCACAUGAGGCGUGAACAUGGCAAGAUACUAAAGAAGCACCCAUGUCGACAGUGCGACAAAUCCUUCAGCUCCUCCCACAGUCUUUGUCGACACAACCGUCUGAAACACAAGGGACUGCGAAAGGUCUACACCUGCCCGCACUGUCCAGCUCUCAGUCAGCCGUUCACUAAAAGAGUGCUGCUGGAUCAGCACAUUCAGCUGAUGCAUGGAGUCAAAGACCCAGAGGGGAAGACUGUCAAGUCUGAUAAUACAGACGCUUCAUCUAACAAGAAAACGCCUCGCAGCCCCAAAAGGAAGCCAGAAGAGGAUGAAGGCUUGAACUCAAGGGGCUCGGACUCACAGCCGUUAAAGAGGCUCAAGGUGAACAUCCUAAAAGUUCACAAGUGUGCUGUCUGUGGCUUCACUACAGAGGACAUCACAGCUUUCCAUGAGCACAUUCCCCAGCACAAGUCUGAUGGCUCGUCCUACCAGUGUCAGGAGUGCGGCCUGUGCUACACCUCACACCGCUCACUGGCCCGACAUCUUUUUAUCGUCCAUCGGCUGAAGGAGCCACAGGGUCUCGGCCGAUACAACGGACGGGGAAAAGACGAUGACGAAAGCCAAAGAGAGAAUCAGCUGGAUGUUAUGGAUGAGAACAAUGAUGGGACGCCAAAUACCAAAUGCAAAGUGUGCGGGAAGAUGUUUGAAACGGAGGGUAAUCUAAAUACUCACAUGAGGACACAUGGGAUGGCGUUCAUAAAGUCAAAGAGACUAAGUGCAGCUGAGAAGUGAGAGGGACACAGUUUUAAACCAUUCCAUCAAAAGCUGCAUAUACAUAAUGUACAUGUAGGGUACUACAAUAUGUAUACAGUGUACCCACAUAAAUAUGUAACAAUACAGUCAUUUUAUGUCUUUAAGUAAAUGGAACAAUAUAGUUUUUUGUACAUGCAUAGAUGUUUCUAUAGGCCUUGAAUAGAUCUUUUUUAUAGAAGAGCUUUUUUAUUUUAAACAGUCUCCAUUGUUGUCUUCUCACUAGAACUAGAUAAUGUAUUAAUAUAUUGUUGUAAUGGGAUUAAUCCUCAUACAGUCAGCAGUGUUCUGGAUUUUCAAUGCUGCUAAUGUCCAACGAAUGUCUGAAAGACAAAAUAUACACACAUGAAACCGUGGGAGCUUCAGGUUUCCUUGGUACAGUACAUGUCACGCCUUCUGAGUCUUCAGUUUCCACUUAAAAGCUGAGUAGAAGAGUGGCAUCAAACAUUUUUUUUUAUUUGUUUCAUUUUAAUUUCAUGGGGAACUAAUAUUUCUCUCUGAGCCCUCCUUGGCUUCUACAAUAAACCCUAGCUUUGGUCUCCUAAUACAUCCCAAAAUUACUGAUCCUAGAACUAAAUCUCUGCAUUUAUGUUGAGCUGAAAUUACAUGAACUAUCAGAACAUUUCUGACAAUCAGGCAAAGAUGAAGCCUAUUUUCAGCUGCAUCUCCACACUACCUUGUCAAGUUAUUAUCAUUUACAUCAUUGUCAUUAUAAUUAUUAUUAUUAUUAUUAUACGGAUACACAACAAAAAUUGGUUCAGUGGAUGUAUUUAAAAUUAGUUUAAAGCUCCCAGUUUUGUAUAUCAUAAUGUCAAACAUUAAACACAAUAAACAAACUUUUAAAGACAAAUAUAUGGGCCAAAUUUGCUUUUUAAAAUAUUUUGUAAAAGAUGUUUUUUUUAUGUUUCAUCCCUGUCUUAAUAUGUAUAUGGCAGCUCUCUGUGAUUACAACUCACUUGAUAACCAGUUUAUCUGAAUAUUUAAAAUAUAAACAUACAAAACACUUGUCUUUUGUUUUACAGCAGAAUAAAAAUAAAGCUGUAAUGAGCCCAUAUUUCAUAACCAAUGCCAAUAUUAUCAUUUUCUGUCUUGUUUCUUCAGUUUAGUGUGAAAGCAAUAUUAAUGUUCACUGACAGAAAGAACACUGGGAAAAACUUCUAAACUGAAGAAAACCUUCUACGAAUGUAAACUUGGCUGAAUUUAAAUUAUUCAUACAAGCCAACCAGAUGAAUUACAUAAACAAUGACUGACAGUUGAGAUUGUUUUCCAUUGCUUUCUUUAUUCCAAGAAAACCAUCCAAAAACCAUCAUUCAGUUUUGGACCGUAGUUUUUCUACUCUUACAAUAAAACUGUGUCGCGCUGUAAAACUGCAUGUGAGAAGCAGUCUGUGAAUUGUUUAUUAGAAUGUGUCUUGCUGCUGCUGCUACUGCUGUUUUUAGAUAUUAAUGCUUGUGUACAAAACUAUUCUUUAUGUCAAUAAAUGAUGAAACCUGCCAGGGGUAAGAUCUGAUGUCACCUGCACAUGAGACAUCAGCUCUUCUCCAUGGAAAUAUAUCAGAAAUCCUCUUGUGAUCAUUCAUACUCAGGCUUGUAUAGUGCCGUUUGUCUCGUGGACCAUUACGAUAAUGGUUGUAGUCUGUGUGUUUGGUUUUACAUGUUGUUCAAUCUAUUGAACAUUUUAAUUCAACCAUUAACAGUGGGAGUUCUCACGAGUGUCUAAUUUAAUUUACCCAAAUCCUAAAUGCUAACCCUGUCUCGUGCAAAUGUUGUUUUCAUA